AUGAAUACACUUCUUCUCAGAAACAUCUCAAUCCACGCACGCCGUCUUCGUCUCUCUUAUCCCUACAAAUCUUCACCUUCACUUCUCACUCUUUCCCAACCCACCUCAUUCUUCUCUUCUCGUAGUGAUAUUGACCCACCUCCUUAUAUCCCACGUACCCAUGACAACAAACAACAACAACAACAACCACUAGAUGUAGAAGAAAUAAGCAACGAAGAGCUGAAGAGGCGCGUUGCGAGGCUUAAGGAAGGUGAUGAUGAUGCAAUUCCAGCUGUGUUUGAGGCAGUAUUGCAAAGAUAUUUGACAGGGAAACCUAUUGAUGCUGACCAAGAUUUGAUGAGAGAGAUUCUAGGGAAGGGGACAGUGUCAAAAGAUGAUGAUGAGGAAGACAAGUACGAGUCCGAUUCUGAUUUUGAUUCUGAUUUGGAGGGAAUGAGUGACACUGAUUUUGAAGAGGAAGAAGAUUGUGUUAAAUCAAAGAUUGGAGCCAAUGAAGAAAAGACUAAGAUGAAGUGA